GGCUUUUUUUGCAGCUAUGAAGCCCACGUAGUCGAACACCAUGAUGCUUCUCCUGUCGGGGAUGUGAUGAAGAGGGGAGUUUUUGGCUUUGGAGUGUUGGGAACCUGAGCGAUUGCCGAGGACUCGGAGCCCAGCCCUGACUACUGGAGAGCCCACAACACAAUGAACAAAUUGAAUUUCCAUAACAAUAGAGUCAUGCAGGACCGCCGCAGUGUGUGCAUUUUUCUUCCCAAUGAUGAAUCGCUGAACAUCAUCAUAAAUGUAAAAAUUCUGUGUCACCAGUUGCUGGUCCAAGUAUGUGACCUGCUCAGGCUAAAGGACUGUCACCUCUUUGGACUCAGUGUUAUACAAAAUAAUGAACACGUGUAUAUGGAGUUGUCACAAAAGCUUUAUAAGUAUUGUCCAAAAGAAUGGAAGAAAGAGGCCAGCAAGGUACGACAAUACGAAGUCACUUGGGGUAUUGACCAGUUUGGCCCCCCCAUGAUCAUCCACUUUCGCGUGCAGUACUAUGUGGAAAAUGGCAGAUUGAUCAGUGACAGAGCGGCAAGAUACUAUUAUUACUGGCACCUGAGAAAACAAGUUCUUCAUUCUCAGUGUGUGCUCCGGGAGGAGGCCUACUUCCUGCUGGCUGCCUUUGCCCUGCAGGCUGAUCUUGGUAACUUCAAAAGGAAUAAGCACUAUGGAAAAUACUUUGAGCCGGAGGCCUACUUCCCAUCUUGGGUUGUUUCCAAGAGGGGGAAGGACUACAUCCUGAAGCACAUUCCAAACAUGCACAAAGAUCAGUUUGCACUGACGGCUUCUGAGGCUCAUCUUAAAUAUAUCAAAGAGGCCGUCCGCCUGGAUGAUGUUGCUGUUCAUUACUACAGACUGUAUAAGGAUAAAAGGGAAAUUGAAGCUUCACUGACUCUUGGAUUGACCAUGCGGGGAAUACAGAUAUUUCAGAAUUUAGAUGAAGAGAAACAAUUACUUUAUGAUUUCCCCUGGACAAAUGUUGGAAAGUUGGUGUUUGUGGGUAAGAAAUUUGAGAUCUUGCCGGAUGGGCUUCCCUCAGCCAGGAAGCUCAUGUACUACACAGGGUGCCCCAUGCGCUCCAGACACCUCCUGCAGCUCCUGGGCAAUAGCCAUCGCCUCUACAUGAAUCUGCAGCCUGUCUUGCGCCACAUCCGGAAACUGGAGGAAAAUGAAGAGAAGAAACAGUACCGGGAAUCUUACAUCAGUGACAACCUGGACCUGGAUAUAGACCAGUUGGAAAAGCGGUCUCGGGCCAGUGGGAGCAGUGCCGGCAGCGUGAAGCACAAGCGCCUGUCCCGUCACUCCACUGCCAGCCACAGCAGUUCCCACACCUCGGGCAUUGAAGCUGACACCAAGCCCCGAGACCCGGGCCCGGAGGACGGCUAUGCUGGCAGUGCCAUCCACCGCAAGCUGAAGACCUGCAACUCCAUGACCAGCCACGGCAGCUCCCACACCUCGGGCGUAGAGAGCAGCGGCAAGGACCGGUUGGAAGAGGACUCGCAAGAUGAUGAGAUUGAGAUGUUGGUCGAUGACCCCCGGGACCUGGAGCAGACAGGUGAAGAGCCCCUGGAGGUCAGCCCAGACAUGUGCAUCUUCAUCACAGAGGACAUGCUCAUGUCACGAAAGCUGAACGGACACUCCGGGUUGAUCGUGAAAGAAAUCGGUUCUUCCACCUCCAGCUCCUCCGAAACAGUUGUCAAACUUCGUGGCCAGAGUACUGAUUCUCUUCCACAGACUGUAUGUCGAAAACCAAAGACCUCCACAGAUCGACAUAGCUUGAGCCUUGACGACAUCCGGCUUUACCAGAAAGACUUCCUGCAUAUCGCAGGUCUGUGUCAGGACACUGCCCAGAGUUACACCUUUGGAUGUGGCCACGAACUGGACGAGGAAGGCCUGUACUGCAAUAGCUGCUUGGCUCAGCAGUGCGUCAACAUCCAAGAUGCUUUUCCAGUCAAAAGAACCAGCAAAUACUUUUCUCUGGAUCUCACUCAUGAUGAAGCUCCAGAGUUUGUUGUAUAAAGUCCAUCUUCAUGCCACUGUCCGGGCAGCCUGCUGUUUGCUAGAGGACAUGAAAGUCAUGGGUUCUUGACAUAUUACUUGUGCCAUAUUCUCUUCACCCCAAAACAUAGCUCUUUCAUUAUAAUAUUUGAGAUGGAAACAAAAGCCUUCAGACAAUUGCACUUUAAGUAUUAUUACACAGGGGUAAAAGAACUACAGAAAAUGUACAGCAAUGCGAGCACCCAGGCGUUCACAGAUCCUGUGGAAAGAAAGAUGCUCGCUGAUCACCAUGCCUUCCGAAGAGUGGACUGUGGUGUGUUUGCGCAUUUGCUGUUGCUUAGUUCAGUUACAUGUACCAUCACUUUUUUUUAUCAUGUGAAAGAUGUUACUAGCUUUAUUUGUUUGCUUGUACAUUGUGUACUACUCCCUCAUGAAAUGCUCGUGGUUUGAGGGAAGAAAGAGGGAAGGUUCUCUCUUCUUUUAACAGAGAGACCAUUGCCUAGUAAAUAUAGCCAUUGCUGCCUCGCUGAGGCCAUCCCAAAGUGAACACUGAUGAAGUGGUCAAACUCAUGGAGUUCUAGCAAGCCAAAGAUGUGUACCUGACACAAGUACCUGCUCAGAGUUGAGAAGACGUGAAUUAAGUAAUAACAGAAGACGGUGUAUGCUGCGAUGCCUUGGGCUCCUUUGCACCUGGUCAGUGCCGUGUGCCUCUUUGAUCUUCCAGAAAGCUCCAGGAUUCAGUUGAGGUUCCCAUCCACAUAAUAGAUCAGUUGUGUUCAUGUGACAGUGCAUUUUGUGGAGUUUACAAAACUGGUGUCUGUUGAAACUUUAGUUAUGUCUUAGGAAAUGUUUGUGCUUGGAGGUGUUAGGUUUUUUGUGUGUUUUAAUUCUCAAGAACAAACGAUCAUAAUGCUAGUUUCUGCUUAACCAAAUUCCCCUAACUAUAUGUAUUUGUCUUACAUAUAUACAAACACACAGGAUCAUGUGUUUAUAUAUGUUUAAAACUUGCUAAGUUUUCAUUUUGCUUUCACGACUCCCUUGUAUACAUGGAAUCCCUUGUUUAAUAUUGAGAAUACAGAACUGAAUGAAUGAUGCCUGCAGACAAUCAGUUGAUGUAUGUAGAGUUAAGAAUAACUGUUUCCUCAUGUGCCUUUGGCCAUGAUUCUCAACCCUGAUUGUAUAAUAGAAUUUUGGUGAGGAGCUUUUAAAAAACAAUGUCUGGGUACCCCCACCAGACCCAUUAAGUCAGUCUCCUGUGGUGGGGCCCAGGUAGAAUUGCCUUUUCUUUUAAAGUUCUCCAGAUGGAGCUAAUAUGCAACAGGGUUGAAAGCCACUGAUCCAGGGGGUGUCUUUGUUACUUUUGAAGUGGAAAUGUACAGAAGAUGUAGUGUAUGAGAAAGGGCCAUUUUUAAGUCAGUUACCUGCCGUGCUGUUGUUAUGCUAUCUAAAGAAACCAGGCGAGUGAAUUUAUCAGCCUCUUGAUGGACAGUAAAAACGUUGCUUGUACUUCAGGAGAGAACUUCAUAGCACAGUGUCUUUCUAUGAGAUGUUUUUAAUGAUUUAAUAUUUUACAACCUUUGUUUACCAUAUUUUGAUAUACCAUUUUUUCUAUCUGCCAGGUUUUAUUAAAAAGAAAACUAUAUAUUAUUUACUAAAGAAACAGUCAUAUUUUUGUACAAAUUAUGUUUCCAGGUAACAAAGAAAUAGAUUUAGGGUACAACAGAACAUAGCAGUGUUACCCGAGGAUGGGAGUCAGUAUUAUAAAACAAAUGAUGAGCAGGAACACGCCCCCUUGUGCUGCCUCUCAUGUGCCAGGUGGCGGAUGUGUGUGCAACACAGCCUUGUCAAGUUAGGUUCACCUGACACUCUAAAAGGAAAAAAAGCCCCAUAGAGUUCUAUAGUCAUGAAAUGAUUUUGCUUUUCUCAAAUGCUUUAAUAGACCAAAGUUUCACAUAUCAGAAUGUAUAAAGGUAUCUCAGUCUCUGCAUAGAAGGAUACAAGUAAGAAAGGAUCAUUUAAUGACUAUUUUACUUGUAAGUCAUUAAAUAAUCCUCUGUUUCUUAUAGAUGAUGCUUGAGAGAGAAAUCAUGAUGACGUUUGUACUCUAAAGAGCCCAGAUCAUAAAGCGGUGCAUUUCCUUAGCUCUUAGAGUAUUUUGCAAACACAAAGAAAAAACAUAUUUAAGAAAAAAAAGUAAAGAAAGAAUUUAAUUACUACACACAGGUAGUGCUCUAUGCUUUAUGUUCCCUUUACUUCAAUCAGAGUCAGGUCUUUAGGGUUACUCCAGCAUUGGUCAUGGUUUUGCAUACCUUCUUUCUAAUUGAAUUUAUGAAUUGUCUUGUGGGUUUUCCAAAAUGAAACAUGCUAAGGAACCUUUUUGCUUUCUGAUCCACUGUUUGCAGCAGAAUUAUAUAUAUAUGUAUAUGAAAAUCCACUUUGGAUAAUCUACAUUUUUGUAUUUGGAAAUUGUUUUUAAAAAUAAAAAAGAGAAAGAAAAGUAUGAAGUUGUUAUUUAUUCUGCAUUCCUUACAUUUCCAUUGCUAGUCAGUAUACCAACUUGAUAUAUAUCGCCUCACACAUCUACGUCUGUAUUUGCAACAGUGAGCUUUAUAUCUACGUAAAUUGUAAAUAAUCCUUUCUGUGAAAGGAUCAUCAUAUCAGGGUGAUACCAAAAGUAUGUAAGAAACUGCAUUAUUUUGUAGUUAUUUCUUAUGUCUCAUGGUAAGAUUAGCAGUCAAUAAAGUUACUUUUCUUUGCCUUUAA